AUGCAAGCCUUCCGAACUCUUCCCAUCCUAAACCGUCCUUCUCGUCCUUCCUCUCCUGUCCCUGCCGUCACCCAGAUCUUCAACACCAACACCACAGGCAUCAACGGUGAAGCUAAGCCUCGCUCGAGAUCACUCAACAAACAGAUGAAUGAAAUGGUGGCAUCGCUUCAUAUCGACAACACUGAGGUUAACGGCACUACCGUCAUCUCCCCUUCACUACCAUUAGGCAGGAGACCAUCUCCACCCAGCAGCAGACCGGCCACGCCGGCUCUUGCUGCCGAGGCAGCCGCUGGUGGUGGGGGACAUAUGGAUGCUAUCCUUCUCCGAUUGAACGAGACCGUCAAUAAGGCCCUAGCCGGGGCUGAUUCCAAGGCUAAGCGUGGUAUCCAGCGUGAUGCGGGCUGGACGGUCGGGCGUAAAGUCGUCAAAGAGCUACCCAGUCCAACUUCAGAUCCUUACGUUUUACGUGCUAUCAUCCGAGUGGCCAAUCGAUCACUUUCUAUCUACACCAACCGUCUUGAAAUGCUCUUACUCCCCGCCAUCACCGAUCCCGCAUUCUCUCAGCCCUUGUCCCUGCACGUUGGCACCACACAGCCCCUCAACCCCACUCAACACUUUGCCCUAUCCGUCGCUCACACAGCGUGGGAAACGUGCGAAGCAUUCAAGGAGACUCUUGCCACUGGUCGUUGGCCUAAAUUUGUCGGAGACACUCUACGUCCUAUCAUGGACAAACUCGAUAACACGUGGGGUAAAGUGAUCCCUCCUCUUCUCCAACUUCUUCGGAAAGAACUUAUAGGAGGGUUGAACCGUCCGGAAGGAUCCUCCCCACCAGGAAGUAAACCCAUCGGUUUGUCAAGUGUUUCUAUCCCCUCUGGCGUAUCGUUACCAGAAGUGAAAAUCGUCAAAGAACUCAGUUCAUCCGGUCGAAACCGACUUAAUAAAGAACCCUCACAAGCCGGUGCACCUAGACAGGUACCCGUGCCUGUGUGUCUACAGCAAUUCGCCCAUCGUAUCGACCCCGCUCAUCGUCUGUUGGAGAUCAUCGCUGGUCCUUGCAAAUUAGACGGUGAGGGUUGGGUCACGGGAAUUGUCGUUCCUAUCAUUUGGAAAGGUUUAUGCGUCAUCGCUGAUCUAACUUCGAAUCCGAAUACCCCUCCGAGUCCUGGACAAGUAUCUAAAGCACUCAACAAUUUGACUUCCAAAGAAAUUCCAUCUGUACCUGCUCCAAGUGCUGUCCCUAUUAGUGUGACGACGAAAUUCACAAACACUUUAUCUCUCAUUCCAUCCCGUUCUGUCUCUCGACCACCUUCUCCACCCAGAUCAAAAUCCGAUCCUCGGAGUUUGGCGAUGAUGUCAUUCGAGAGUCUCGUCCGACGUCUGCUUGGUCAACUCGUUCCCAUUCUACCAGAACCGACAUCAUCGGAUCCUAUCAAACCUGAAGAACGGACCGUGGCAAGAGAAGCGUUAAGGGAAGCCAUCGAAGCUAUCACUUCUUUUCGUCUGGUUUUAUCUUCUAUCGGAUCCACUGCCAUUGUGGGUCAAGCCAAUGGGAAGCAAGAAGGUUCCAACGUGAUUUUACAAUCUGCUAUAAGAGUACGAGAUGAUGAACCGGGUAAUGAAGAAGAAGAAAAGUUGGAUGAUGCUUUAGAAGAUGUACCAUCUGUAUUACUUUUCAAGAUCUUUAGGGAAAUAACAAACUCUACUUUGUAUUCUUUACCUGAAGAAAUGAAAGUGGAAGGAAUGAGGAUCCGACAUCCAUGUGAGGUAUGGGGAUUGACCAAACAAGAAUUUGAGAAUAAGAUCUUGAUGAGUUUCAGUGUGGCGGACGAUUGGAGUGGGAGAGUAGGACAAACUCUAAAGGUUGAGGUGGAGAGGGUGAGGAAGAUUUUAGAUGGAGUGAUGAAAGAGUUUUCUACGGGAGAUGUUAAAGAAGCUGGUAGAUGGGUGAAUGUUUUAGGGACGGUUGUACAGGCCAGAACUGGUAUUAAAGUUGAAGGGAUGCCAUGA